UUUUACCUGAUACUGAAUUUCUAGUCUCAAAAAUUCAUCAAAAUAAUUUAAACAAAUGUUUAAAAGGCGACUGAAUCUUCAUUGCCUCUGGUCUUUUCAAGAUAGCAGUAUGUAAGGUGAAAUUUCUUGUACAAAAAUAUUGUAGGGAGUCGGAUGAGGGAAUUACUAUCCACAGUAGUAAAACUGUUAUAUUUGCUUAAGUAAAUACUACAGUGUUCAAGAACUCAGGUUGCUGGUAAAAAUGCACUGAUCUUGCAUAGCAUAAAUGGUAAGCUGAAUAUAGAUUAUUCUCAUCUUCUGUGAAAAUUAACUGAAUUAUCAUCCCUUAUUGCAACAUUAACAUUGUGUUGUUCUAAUUAUUGUAUUUGACAUCUGCUGAAAUGGUCAUGUAUGGUGUGAGGGUGUCAGUACUCUGUCAAGUGUUUAGAAUGCCAAGUUGUGUUCAUAGACAAACACCUUACUGUUUCUUAGUUUAUUGCAACAGAAUAGCUGAUUUCUAGCAGACCAGGAUUAGAAAGAAACAGGAGCAAUAAGUGACAUCACUCACUCUCCAGUUUUGUGGCUGCUACGUUUUAUUACUUGUGUCAGUAUUCUACUUUCAUGUAAAAAACUCUUGGAGAAGUUAAAUGUAGAACUUGAUCAUUUUUCUCAAAUCUGAAGUGGAAAAAUAUGCUGUCUAAAACACACAUACAGAAAGGGGCUGGAGGGAAGCUCAUUGGUGUCCUUCAUCUUCUGUGAUAACUUCACCCUUCAGAAAGUUUUGGGAGCAGUUGUAGGGGACCUGUUCAUAUGACAGUGAGAGCUGAAGUCCACUGCCUACUGCUAGCAUAGGGUUCUUUGCUGCUGCCAUACUGUGAUUGUCUCAUUGUCCUUCCCUUUUCCCAGAGAUGUAGCAGUUUGCUGAGUUGGUAGGACCUGUGGUAUUCCUGGUCUUUUUGUCCUGGUUAAAGUAAAUUAAAAGAAAGUGGAACUGUGCUGUGCUUACAGUCAAGAUGUGCAGUAAGUUACUUCUUGUAGUUGCUUUCAUUGUUGCCUUCUUGGCUCUUCCAGUAGGAAGGAACAGUUUGCUCCCCAAAGAAAAGCUCCAAGUAGAGCUCAUUGCUUCAUACAUGUGUAGAUUUCAUCUUGAUGCAAAUUCUGUCAUGUUUGCACAUUUCUGCCAUCUGUAGCACAGAAAAGGUAGUUUAGUUGUUUGAACUUGUUUAUAGAUGCCUGGUAAAAUUGGUCCCCCCAAACUAAAAUUGUUGUUGAGCUAGUAGUGUCUGCUUCUGCUGUUGAACAGUUGUGUGUCAGUGACUUGUGAAAAAUUCUGCUGGUUCUUUGAGGAAGUACCAUAAACUCAUCAGGGAUUACUUUGUGCAAACGUAUAGUUCAUUUUCUGAAAUCCAGUUGGUCAUGAUAAAAGCAAAAAUGUUUUCAGAAGUGUCCAAAAGACUUAAUUGUGAAUCUUACUUAAAUUGUAAUUGGCAAAUUUGCAUUAUCUGCUUGUUAAAUUGUAUUUUAAAGGUUGUAUCAUUGAAUAGUGUUAGAAGUGCAAAUAAUGAGUAUGUUUCAAGUCCCGUCUUAAGUGGUUGAAUUUUUACUCUGAUAUCACCUUUUCAGUUAAAUCCUUUCAAUAUAUGUAAUGAAGUUGCUUGCGAAGUAACAGUAAGUUACUGCAUAAUGUUAAAAAUGCUAACUUUACAGCAUAGAAUUAAUACUGUGACUUUUUUGUGUAUGUAGAAUUUUAUUCUUCUUGCAGUUUAGACAUGCUAAGACAGUUUUGCCCAACUGUAUUGUUUCAAUUAGUGAUGAAAAAAGUGCUUUUUUGUUGUCUGUGGAUUUCUUUUAAAUAGUUCCAUUGAUUAUGAUGGUAAAAUAUUCUGUCUAAAAUGCUGGUUUGAUUGGUUUAACCACUGGGAAAAUACGUUGAAACUAUGUAUGACAGAUUUUUCUCUCUGUCAAAGGUCCUGUAGAUUUGGAGAGGAACUCUUACGUUUAACUGUGAAGUCGCUGAAUUGAUCCUUGUGGUACACCAGUAUUGAAAAGAUGUGAUGUCACUACAGGCUUGGAGUUGCUGUAGAAGAUAGCAGUAGCAGAACAAAUGUGCAAGUUCUUUGAAAGAAGUGAAGUUCCCCAUGUGUUGUUUAUAUUCUUGUUCCAGUCAUUAAUCUCUGUACAGAUGCAUUUGCUAAGCCUGGAACAGUCCCUGUUUGCAUCUCUGACAGUUCUGACCCAGUCUCAAGAACUGUAUGUUUCACUCAGUGGGCUUUUUUUUUCUUCCUUGUAGGUCCUUUAAAGAGAUGGUAUUAUUGAGAGCAGAAGAGAAGCAGUGGAUCCUAGAGAACCUUUUUCCCCCUUAUACUUUUCUUGACAGAAUUAUCCUUAGGUAGCUUUAGAGACCACUAAAGUAUUGUGCAUUAAAAAAUACUCAUAAAAAACCCAGAGAUGGGCAAUAUUAAAUCCAUGUAAAUUCUGUGAUGCAGUUAACAGUAUAAUCCACAGUGUGCCAAAAUGAUAAAAUUGAAGAGGUGAUGUGUUGAGAGCUGCUGAAAGAAGAGAAGCUGAAUCCUUCUAUCCAUCUUCCUGGACCACGAUUAUAUACUGUUUUGCAGAAUUCAAGGUUCUUUUACUUCUGGGAUGUAAAGACAUUUUAAAAAAUAAGGACAAACUCCUUUCCGGGUUAUUCUUUCCAUCUUACUGGUAUGAAAAGGCAUCUGUCCUGGCUUUCAGAAUUUGUUGUAGGAAGUACUUAGCCCUCUGGUUUUGUAAGUAAUUUAAUUUUCAUAUCUAGAUGCCUAAUGUUAUCUGUACUUAUUUAGACAAACUGCUUUACAAAACUGGGUUGGGUUCUAACUCAGUAUUGAAAAGAGUAAGUUUUCAUCUUUCAAACAUCUUAGGAACAAGACUGAUUUUUGCAGCCUAAUGAUGAUCUUCCAGAGGUGAAAUUGGCGUGGGAAGCUUAUUAGCUUUGCAGAAAUACUUUGCUUGCAUACUAAUUGCCUUAUUUUUAAUCCCAUGGGAUUUUUUUCUACUUUUGUCUGAGCUCAUUGCUUGUUACUGUUUUACAUUUAGAACAAGAAGUAUUGAAUUAGGUAAAAAGAAGUACUCUAACAAAUGUGAAACCAUUUCAUUAUGACUAUGACAGUGUUCCCUCAGGUUUUCUCAUAUUGUUAUCAGAGAGUACUUGAAGAUAAGAUCUGAAGAUCUUAAAUUGUGUUAACUCUGAGACACUGUGUCUACAGGAGCAAGACACCCUAUGUAAAAUAAAUGCAAUAUCUACUCUAAAUUCCUACAGAAGCAAUGGCAGCAUUCACUGCCCAGGGAGAUUUCUCACAUUUGUUCUGUUGGAGGUACAAUAUUUAUGGAUUCUGUCUGGACUUAAAGCCUCAGUCUUUGGUAUUGCACUGUUGGCUGCUCCUCAGCAGUUUCUUGCUCUUGUAUGGUUGUUCUUGAUUUCAUCCUGGUUCAUGUCUGUAUAGUGAUGAGGCAUCUUGCAUAGGAUUUUUGAUUCUAUGCCAGAAGCCAAGCAUUCCAAGCUGUCUUUAUUUAUAGAAUCAUAGAAUCGUUUAGGUUGGAAAAGAUCUUUAAGAUCGAGUCCAACCAUUAACUUAGUACUGCCAAGUCCACUGCUAAACCAUGCUUGAUUUGAUUUUGUAUAUGUAAAGGUCACUGGAGACUAGAUGUAAGAAAAACAUGCACAAAAUCCCCAAACAUGCUAAGCACCUACUUAUCCUUACCUUACUAAUUUUGCUUCUUGCUCUGCUCCUUGUUAGAAGGAUCACUGUGAACUCAUUUCACCACUUAAAAUCGAGUUAAUCAUUGUUAGAAUUUGUUUUAAUACACCAAUGCAAGUUUGGACUUUCAAGGUGUCAGUAAUCAUUCCUCUUUACAGAUGACUAAAGACUUAGCACAAAUGUGGUUUAUAGUGCAUUUUCAAAAUACUUCCCAUCAUGAAAAAUCUCAUUAGGUUGUUCUAAACCUUUAAAUAAAAAUACCAUACAAAUCUCUGUUUUGAAGGAAGUUGUCACUUAGAUCUUUAUUGCAUGACUCAGGAGCAUGACCUUUUAGUUGAACAGGCAGGUCUGAAUGGCUUUGACAGAAACAUGGGUAGUUGCAUCCUGUUCCUGGAAAAGCAUUCUGCAAGUUGUGUGUAUCUGCACAUUUCUGGUACUUUGGAGUUGAGUCAACUGUAGUUGUGUCUUCUAAUAGAUAGUUCUUCUAUCUAUUAAAUGGGGGCAUUUUAUUUAGGGGUGGAGGAAGGAAGUCAGUAGUUUUCAGUCACUAGUAACCUUGCAGAGCAAUAAUACUGGCUGAAACUUAAUCAGUCUCUGAGCAUGUCACAGGUCAGAAUAGUUCUACUGAACCUGGGUAGAGAGAAGAUCACUUUUUCUUUCACCUCUACUCUGUUGUGUCUAUUAAUAAGUAACUUAGUGAUAUGAUCAGUUCUGUGGAACUGAAAGGCUGUUUCUCAGAUUGAUGUGAGUGCCACAAAUAAAUUCCUGCCCAGGGUAGAAGGAAAGAAUUAUUUUCAUUAAGAUCUGUUCAGUUGUUCUGGAUUAGAGACCUCUGAGAUACUUGCUAAGAAGCACAGCAAAAGUGAGAAGUCUCAUUUUCAACAAUUACAUAGAAGGAGAAGGGUCCCAUAGAAAAGAAGGAGUGUUUUUUAUUUCUGGCAGCUUGCAGAGCUGAAAAUGGGAACAGAGACAUGAGUGAAAUUUUCAAGAGGAACCACAUAUCCACAUGACAGUUGUUAAAGUGGAACAUACAGUAUCUUUAUGAAGAAUGCUCUGUUAACUUCUACUUCUAUCCAGUUGAUAGUGCAGCAUUCAGCUUAACCUUCUGUGCUUCCUGUCCCAGCUAGUGAAAAUCAGAGAUGUUCUAGUUAAAAAAGAAAGUAAACCCCCAAAAGCACCAUGUAAUUAGCUUGAUUGAAACUUUCUGUUUUGAUAAUAUUUAUGUCUAUUCAGCUCCAGUGCAUGCAAAAACUUCAGAAAAACCAACAAGUUAAAAAAAAAAGAAAAAAGCCCUUGGCAUAAGUUAUUACUGCUGUAUAAUGGAUCUUAAAUUAUCUUUUAUCAACCGGAAUGGAAUAUUUCUGGAAUGACUGGCGUGUGUUCUGAAGUUGAAAGUCCAGCACAGAGUAAACAAAGUAUUUUCAGACUAUGCACUUUCAACGUCAGUGGUGUUUCAUUUUUGAACUGUGAUGAUUUAGGUGCCUCUCUUUUUGCCAAGAGGUGUCGAUCUUCAUUCUCCUGAAGGAUCAGAUAGUUAAUAUAUUUACAGGUAUCAUGUAGGGAGUUAGCUUGGAUAGAUUGUGAGGCCUGAAAGCUUAGGGAGUGAUUUUAUGUGUUUAUUAUUUUUCUAGAUAAUUUAAAAGUAUGUUGGCUUUGCGUGGCCUUUAGAUUUAAAAUACACAUAGUGUAGGAAAAAACAUUCACUUGAUGCAUAUUACUUUGAUUUAAUGUACAUGCUGUCUUGCUCUCCUUGUCAUGGGAAGAAUUUAAAUUGAACCUGUUGUUGCUUGCUUUAUGGCCUAAAGACUGAUCUGAGUGCACUACAUAAAAUGGAGCAAUUGUCAGAUGAAGAGCUUGACCAUGGUGCAGAAGAAGAUAGUGAUAAGGAAGAUCAGGAUCUCGACAAGAUGUUUGGGGCCUGGCUGGGUGAACUGGACAAACUCACACAGAGUUUGGAUGCAGACAAGCCUGUGGCACCUGUGAAGAGGUCGCCUCUCCGCCAGGAAACCAAUCUUGCCAACUUCUCAUAUCGCUUCUCCAUGUAUAAUUUGAAUGAAGCCCUGAAUCAGGGGGAGACUGUGGAUCUGGAUGCCCUGAUGGCUGAUCUCUGUUCCAUAGAGCAGGAGCUCAGCAGCUUUGGCUCUCAUUCAGCAAACAAUGCUGCAGUGAAACGCCUUGCCACAGAGCCCAAACCUCAGAAACCGCCUGCUAGUCGGCCUUCCACUAAGCACAGCAGCGUGAAAGGAUUGUCCUCCUCCUCUGCUAAGGCGACACAUGCCAACGUGUCUCUGGAUGACAUCACUGCACAGUUAGAGAAGGCCUCUUUGAGCAUGGAUGAAGCAGCCCAGCAGUCUGUUGCAGAAGACACCAAGCCCGUGGUUGGUGCCCAGCACAGGAGGACAGCGUCUGCUGGCACGGUGAGCGAUGCCGAGGUGCGCUCCAUCAGUAACUCCUCCCGUUCCAGCGUGACCUCGGCAGCUUCCAGCAUGGACUCCUUGGAUAUCGAUAAGGUGACGAGACCUCAGGAACUGGACUUGACAUCACAAGGGCAACCAAUCACUGAGGAAGAGCAGGCUGCUAAACUGAAAGCUGAGAAGAUUAGGGUUGCAUUAGAGAAGAUUAAAGAAGCACAAGUGAAAAAGUUGGUGAUCAGAGUCCAUAUGUCUGAUGAUAGCUCAAAAACAAUGAUGGUGGAUGAGAGGCAAACAGUGAGACAAGUAUUAGACAAUCUGAUGGAUAAAUCACAUUGUGGCUACAGUUUAGACUGGUCAUUGGUGGAAACCAUCUCUGAAUUGCAAAUGGAAAGGAUCUUUGAAGAUCAUGAAAAUUUAGUUGAAAAUCUCCUGAACUGGACAAGAGAUAGUCAAAACAAACUAAUGUUUGUGGAACGUAUAGAGAAAUAUGCACUUUUCAAGAACCCACAGAACUAUCUUCUGGGGAAGAAAGAAACCUCUGAGAUGGCAGACAGAAAUAAAGAGGUGCUGCUAGAGGAAUGCUUCUGUGGAAGUUCUGUAACUGUGCCAGAGAUUGAGGGAGUUUUGUGGCUAAAAGAAGAUGGUAAGAAAUCUUGGAAGAAACGUUACUUCCUUCUUCGGGCUUCUGGAAUCUACUAUGUCCCUAAAGGGAAGGCAAAGGUCUCACGGGAUCUUGUGUGCUUUCUACAGCUAGACCAUGUCAGUGUUUACUAUGGGCAGGACUAUCGGAACAAGUACAAGGCACCCACAGACUAUUGUUUAGUGCUAAAGCAUCCUCAGAUCCAGAAGAAGUCGCAGUAUAUCAAAUACCUUUGCUGUGAUGAUGUAAGAACUCUACACCAGUGGAUCAAUGGCAUCCGCAUUGCUAAGUACGGGAAGCAGCUAUACCUGAACUAUCAGGAAGCACUGAAGAGAACAGAAUCAGCCUAUGACUGGACCUCCUUGUCUAGCUCCAGUAUCAAGUCAGGCUCCAGCUCAUCUAGUUUGCCAGAAUCUCAAUCAAAUCAUUCUAAUCAGUCUGACAGUGGAGUUUCUGACACCCAGACAGCUGGACAUGUCCGUUCCCAAAGCAUUGUCAGCUCCAUGUUCUCUGAGGCCUGGAAACGAGGCACUCAACUGGAGGAAUCCAGCAAGGCCCGAGCGGAGCCUGCAGGUCGGCCCUUCGUGUCUGCAGCUCCCGUGUCCCCGCAGACGAAAGCGGUGGCCCCGUACACAGCAUCGCAGCCGUCCCCGCCGCUGCCACCGCCCCCGCCGCCGCCCCCUCCGCCCCCGCCGCCGCCGCCCCCGCCGCCCCCGCCCCUGCCCAGCCAGGCCGCCCCAUCCGCGGGCUCGCCCGCCACCAUGUUCGUCAAGUACAGCACCAUCACCCGGCUGCAGAACGCGGCCCAGCACGGCGGCCCUUUCUCCAAAGCCCCUGCUGCACAGCAGGCCCCGCCGCCGCCCCCGCCCUCGGCAAAGCCUCAGAUCCCGGUGCCCCCCAACGGGGUCAUGCCGCCUCCCCCGCCCCCGCCGCCGCCCCCCACGCCGGGCUCGGCCAUGGCACAGCUGAAGCCGGCACCUUGUGCCCCCUCCGUGCCGCAGUUCACGCCGCCGCCACCGCCCCCCAAGAUACAUCAGGUUCAACCAAAUAUAAGCCAGGCCGCCGCUGCCUCCUCGUUGCCACCACCGCCUCCUCCCGUGCCUGCCCCCCCGCCACCCCAGGCACCCCCAAAGCCUGUCAUGGCAGCUCUGCCCCCUCAGCCUAGUGGGAAGGCAGCGUCACCAGGGGUCGCACACGUCACUCCCCCGGUGACUGCACCCUUGCCCCUUGCAAUAAAGAAACAACCAAGUGUCACUUCUCCCCAGGUGCCUCCUCUACCCCCAGCCCCUCCUGGUCCCACUCCCCCUGCAACAUUCCCAAAGCAGCAGAGUUUCUCAGUAAAACCUCCUCCAUCCCCUCAGUCCCCAGUGCCCUCGGUGGUGAAGCAGAUAGUCAGCCAGUUCCCCCCUCCUCCUCCCAUGCCACCUGCCACUGAGCCCCAGCCUCUGAAACCCCUUCCACUGAGUGUGGCUCCACAGUCACCUCCAGCAGUGAAGGCAAAGCCCAAAUGGCAGCCUGCUGCUGUUCCUUCACCAGAUUUCCCCCCUCCUCCACCAGAGAGCAGUUUAGUGUUUCCUCCUCCACCUCCUUCCCCAGCUUCCUCUGCAGGUUCUCCCCCGCCUGACAAAUCAGGGUCUCCAGUCAAAAAGGCCGGCAAGACAUCAAGCCCCGGAGGGAAGAAACCACCUCCAACACCUCAGCGCAACUCCAGCAUCAAAUCCACAAGCUCCACUGAGUACCAUGAGUCCAAGAGGCCUUCAGUGGACCGCCUUGUCAGCAAAUUUGCACACUCACCAGAGCCGUCAGGAUCUCCUUCCAAGGAGUCAUCACCUCCUCCAGCCCCUCCAAAGCCAGGAAAGCUCAACCUUUCUGGUGUGAGCCUGCCCAUUGUCCUUCCACAAGGUGGGAUCCCAGCCAAGGCUUCUGCUCCGAGUGUGUCUGGAAAGGAACCUGUGGUUGAAUUCCCUUCACCACCAUCCGAUUCAGACUUCCCACCACCACCACCUGAAAUAGAUCUUCCUCCCCCUCCAGUAGAAAUCCCAUCUGUGUUUUCAGGCAGCACCUCCCCAAAAGUUGCUGUUGUAAAUCCCCAGCCACAGACGUGGUCAAAACCGUCUGUGAAAAAAGCCCCACCGCCCACACGCCCGAAGCGGAACGACAGCACCCGACUGACACAGGCGGAGGUCGCAGAGCCCCCAGGGUCAGCUGGCCCACAAGUGCCCACGUCACCCAAGUCCAGCCUUAGCGUUCAGCCAGGAUUCCUGGCAGACCUCAACCGGACGCUGCAGCGGAAAUCCAUCACCCGGCACGGCUCCCUCUCCUCCGCUCGGAUGUCCAGAACAGAGCCCACGGCCACCAUGGACGACAUGGCCCUGCCUCCACCCCCGCCAGAGCUGCUGGCUGACCAGCAGAAGACCAGCAGCUUUGGGGGCAGUCACAUAUCUGGCUAUGCAACGUUACGGAGGGGGCCACCCCCUGCACCCCCCAAAAGGGAUCAGAACACCAAGCUGUCACGGGACUGGUAGUCAGUCUCGGGGGCCAGCGCUCUCCGUGACUUGUGGGCUGUUCCGGGAUCGGCCAGCCCGUGAUCUUGUGCACAUGGAGAGGAUGUGGAUGAUAGCCCCAUUAGAAGAGGUGAUCUCAAACUGCAGCUAUGGCUAAAUGUAAAGACAUUCCCCUUUCAUGGCUAUGUUAAAAAUGUUGGGGGCUUAGGAGUUGAUACUUUAUUGGGAAAAGUGGGUAGAGAGGUGUUGGCUUCAUUCUUUCAGUUUCUUUUACCCUUCUUACGGAUUGGACCAAACCCCCAUUUUCUUACUUUUUCUGCAUUUAGGGGAGGGGGAGGGAGAUGAUUUUUUUGUAGUGUCUGUCCAUGUGAGACAUGUUUGUGCAUGUAUUAUAAGUGUAGGUAUAUAAUAUAUUGUGAUAUAUUUCAUCGCAAUUAUAGAAGAUAACCAGAAUGUUUUUGUAGAACCGUAUUUAUUGUUUCAGUCAGUAUAGUAUCUGGAAUCAGACUCUAACUGGUCAAAUCUUACCAUAAAGAUGGAGAUGUAGGGGGCACUUUAAAGAAAGGAAAUAAAAAACCCAAACCCACAAACUUCUCAGCAGUUUGUGGUGGGUAAAUUCUGCAAAGCUGAGGUGUUCGGCUGGUAACUGUAUAUUGUCCAUUGAUUGAAAAGUACAGAUGCAACAUACCAAAACAUUCUGGUCAUAAUACUACUGAAAAUGAGUAUGUUCAGAGGAAAGAAAUAGAUUUUAUAUAUAGUGGGCUGGAGUGAAAUAUAUUUAUACUAUAAAGAGCCUCCCCCUCCUUUCAAAUAGUUUAAAAAUAUACACUGAUACAAAUUAUUUCAAACUUAUUUGUCCAUGCAGUUAAGUAGGAUAAAUAUAUAUAAUUCCAAACCAUUAUGCAUUCUAACUGAUAAUAGGCUCAAUCAUUUGUUUCUGUGGCUCAAGAUGAAUAUAUUUGUGUUAACCCCUUCUGAAAGCUGCCAGGACUCCUGCAAUCGAAAAUCCUGCCAAGCCCCAAGGCUGACCCACGCCGAUCGUGAGCUGUCCGUGUAAGUCUUACUCUGAAUGAACAGGUAGGUUUCUGUAGAAAGCACUGUGUGCUCACACAGGCAUGCACAGCGUCCUGGCUCACCUGGUCUGUGCCUGCUAAGAUGUAGUGUCUUCACAAAAACAAGUGUCUGGAAAUGUGUAAAGAAAGUAUUGUUUGUAAUUGGUUAGAAAUUGUCAGGAAACAUUCCCUUCUGGAAAGAGAGAAGGGAGCAGCAAUUUCAGGACAAGCAGAGCCUUAGGAAUUAUCUCUCUUUUCUUUGACCCGCUAGAGACUGUGACCAGUUGAAUUAACCUGUUUAUUACAAAGUUGCACUUCUAGCAGUCAAGGAAGAAGACUGGAAAUAAAACAACCUUAAAGAGGCAAUAACAUUAGCUAGGAAUUUCAUCUAAGGGCCCAUAUGAGUAGAAAAUAUUGAUUUCCUUGUUUUUUUGUUAGUCAGUGAUUUACAAUCAGGUCACUAGAUCAAGUAUGACAGUCCUUUUUCUUCAGUAGCUUGAUUGUACAGUCUUACCCACAUAUUCAGACUUUGUGACAAGGUAGUGUAAGUGGUCUCAUGUAUCACUGCACAUUCCUUACAGGGUGGUGGGACACAGCCUUUGUAGAACAACUAAAAUACUUGGACUGUAACUAGCCCAUCUUCAGCUGUUACAGCUUUCCUUGUCACCAUGGGGAUACUGUCAAUAGGCUCACAGGGCAAAUAAUGUCACUGUUUGCAUACUUUUUCUCCAAAAGCAAUCUUUAGAUGCUUUCUUUUUCUGAAAGAAUGAAACAAAAAACAGCAGCUUGACGUGGCAGUAUCCUCACAUGUGUAAUACCAAUAUAAAAUAAUAUCUCAUUAGAGUAAUUCAGGAUGAUAGAUUUAAGAAAUAUUGCGAGAGUGUCCCUCAUUCCUUUUUUUUAUAAAGUUUUUUUUUUUUAAAUCCAAAUAAUUAAAUAAAUGUCUGUGAAUAUUUUAUGAAUAGGAAAAAAGUUUUGCUAAUUUGAGGUGGAAAAUUACACAUCUAUAACUAUAUAGUUUUAAAUAGGUGCAUCAUGAAAAGAGAAAGAUUAGUGGUGCUGUCUCUGCCGACUGUUUCAUAUGAUUUUUUUAAAAUCUGUUUCAGCACCUCUGGAAAUUGUUUUAAUAUUUCAGACUAGAUUUUUUGAGCAAUAAGAGUAUAUACCAUUGUGUGCAUUUUUAAAGCACUGCUAUGGAAAGGCACUUUUUUGUAUCUUUCAAAUUGUUCACCAAGUUUUGUUUCUACUAUUUUUGUGCUUACAAAGUGUCCUUAAAAGCAUUUGCAUUGUUGAUUUUAAGCAUGCUCAGUGUAGCUGGGGGCUAACUUCACCUCCUAUAACUUAGGAGGGUUGCUAAGCUAUACUGCAGUUCAUGGGUGCUGUAAUUUUUACCAUUGGUCCUCCUGCUGCUUUGUCCUGUGUGCAGCUCCUGGGGCUCAGACACACCAGUGGGCAGAAGGUGCUCGCUGCAGCUGUGACUGCUGGGCCCUUAGCCGUGACGGGUAAGUGGGCACAUCCUCCUUCUGCUGGCAACACGCACCUGGGCUGAUGCAGUGUGUGCUCCCAGGUGAGAGCAGUCAGGGGAUUGUUUGCCCCUGCUUUUCUUUCCCCCAGGACAGCCUCACUGGUGUGUGUCAGUUCCAGCCCUUUUACUUUAGUUCAUUCAGUGCGGGUACCUCUGGGCUUUGGACUCGGCACAUCAAUGUUUUGAGUGCAAUUUCUUCAGAGGCAUUUGAGCUUGUUCUCAUUUUCCUGUGCCCACAUUAAUUUCCCCAGUAUCUCUCCCUAGGCAAUUAAUCCAUGCUUCCUACUGCAGGCUGCCCACAGCUUGCUAGGAGACAGCUGUGUAACUCCUAAGUCUGCAGCAAAAAGAAUGAAUGUCAGCAAAGGUGCCAGCCUGUAUUCCUUCUAGUUAGAAUUUCCUUCCUGAGGCAGUAGAGAUCCAGUGAGUGGCUGCUGCUUGCUUUCUCUCAGUUGAGCAUGGAAAUUUUGCUAGAGUGUGGUUCAGACAACCUGGUUGCCUUUUCAGGUUAUGAGAUACUCCCCAUUAUAACUUGCUUUUCCAGUAUAUUUACUGGCUAUUUACACCUUAUUUUGCAAGUAAGUUAUUUGCCCCCAUCUGCAGUCAUCUCAUAAUUGCACCAUAAUAUUUAUUAAAUCAGAAAAUUAAGGGGCUGGAUUUCAGGCACCCAGGAAGGUGUGCUUCCUGCUACAAACAGAAAAGGCAGUAAUCCUUUUGGCAGUGUUAAAAUGGGCAUGUGAAGGCUGAGUGUUCAUACUCCAGACACAAAAGUGCUUUGAUCCCAACGUACACGGAGUGUACAGCUGGAGCUGCAUGACGUGAGGCAGUGCACAGGCUGGGCACUUGUUAACGUGGGUGUCAGGGGAGCUCUGCUGCUGCAAGGGCAGCUGAGAGGGCUCAGCUGUGUUUGUUCAUCUUUCGCGCAUUUCCCCUCCGCUAUGCAGCAUAAUCCACCUCGGAGUACCAGAGCCCUGGUCAGCCACGUGUCUGUGCCUGCAGCCCAGGUGUAGAAAGCAGGGAGAUAUUCUCAGACACUUACAUCACAAUUCAGGUGGUGGAGAGUUGCUUUGAAAGGGAACACUAGGCUCUUCUUGCAACACUAAGCUUAGAUGAGAAAUUAUUUUUGAAACCAAAAAAACCCACAGGUUCUAAACAAACCAUAGCUGACAUGUUUCAGGUGGCUAUGCUGGGGUCCUGUUUAGUCUUUUUACACCUGUAGCUCAGAGAGGAAGAUAGGCACAAAUGUCUAAAUAAUUCUCUUACUUUCUAUGGAAGAGGAAGUUUCCUGCUUCACCCUGCACAGUGGUUUCCUCCUGUGGCAAACCACCACUGCCUGCUCUGACUUGGUGAUGACCUCAAAGCCACAGAGCUCCUCUCCUGAGUUUACUCUGCAGUUGUCUGAGUGACACAUCAGGGAAGCAAAGUGCAGGUACCUGGAUUAUUUGGUUUCAGGUCUGAGGGGAGAGGAAGCAGUUUUUUCAACAAGUGCAUUUUAACAUGCACUGUUCUGGGCUUGCACAUUUAAACGUUUUCUAAUUCCCUGCUUUCUGUGCCCUUAGGCAACCAGGUAAAUCAUAUCAGCUCAGAGAUAAAGUGUGGCCAGUCUUCCUCUUAGUUAAAAUUCUUUUCCCACAGUUUAAGGAACCAAAAGUGCAAUUUCUACAGCAGAAGGUCAAAAAGAGAAUUUUUCUGCUUUUUACAGAAAACAACAUAGAACCAAAUUGUUUUGCUACAGUGGUACCCUCACAAGUAAAUUUGUUUCUUAUUCAGAAUACGAUUCUAAGUGGGUCCUAAAAUGAGUACUACUUCAACUUGUGUCAUGUUAAAAUCAGUUGCACUCAAGAGAAGCAGUAUGAAUUCCUGGUAGAAGGUAGUGAGGAUGCAGCCAGAACAUGGAGUUUGGUUGGUUGCUGGGUUUUUUUUCCUUUUUAGCAUUGUUAAGGUAUAGAUUACAUACUCAAUCACACAGUGCUCCUCAACUGCAGGUGAGUCUUACUACUUUAGGGCCCAGUUGUGGUACCUGGUUUUGAGCUCUGCAUUCAUUCCCUUGCACCACUGUGGCAGACUCCAAACCAGAGAGGAUUUAACACUACAAGAGAUAGUUUCUCUUGGAUGCUUUUUGCCACAUGCUGGUGGGGUUUUAAGCUUUAUUUUUUGGAAUUCUGAGUUUGUCUAAGUUGAGUAAUUUUCCUUUCUGAAUCUUCUUUCUUUCAAUUAAAAAAUGCCCAUGAAGACUGACCAAACCACGGUUUUGUUGCAGGGGGCAGCACUCACUAAUACUGUGACGGAGGCUUGGUUUAGUUUUGAGAAGUUUAAGACACUAAACUGCAACUGAGAUGACAAACACAUGUUUAUCCAGAACCAUGUAAAUUACUUGAAUUGCUGCUAACCAACCAUGGGGAAAACAGUGACUUGGGUACUGAUCAUUUGGUGCUCUGAGGGACUCAGUGAGCUCUCUGCUCAGCAGAUGGAUCUUGGGUAAAGGGGAGUUGGAGAAGGUAGAGCAGGAGGAACAGGAGCUAGUGCUGUAGAAAUGAGUGAGAAGGACCUUCAGUAACAGACUGUGGACACUACCCCCCUUAUUUAAAUGCUUGAAGGCAACUUGUCUUUUAGGAGAUUUGUCUUUUAGGAGAUUUUGGAAUUCAACCUUUUGCUACAGUGGAAAAUAAUUUCCUUCCAGCUUUCCCAAGAUGCCAAAGAUGCAUUCUGAGCUAAAUUCCAGGUAUGCAAAUGUGUGUACAGCAGUCGCUUGUUGCCAGGGGUCUCAUACUGCUGAUCUCUAGCACGCGUGGAGAGAGAGCAGGGUGCCACUCUUAGAUAUUGUGUGUCCCUUGCCUUUAAGCAACACUGCGAACUGGGUACACACUUGCAAAGGACAGUUUAGCAAACAAAGCCGUGCCCACGGCACCCUGCUGGCUGAUUUGGUGCAGCACAAUAGCGCUUGCACGACUAAAAGAAAAACAGAGUAUUUUGUCACAAGUUGUAAUUGGGAAUCUUAGGCCUCCUAGUGGACUGCAAUGGACCAGAAAUUAACUGAAGCAGCAGUUUGGUUUAUGGCUUACACUAAUUGUUACCAGUCACUGGGAAUAUUCUGUAUAAUACUGGAGAUGCAAGUGUAAGAAGUGUCAUUGCAAUGAUGAUUUGUCUGUGCAGCAAACUUGUGCUGAGUGCUGUAAAUACAUUCAUGUUUACUGCUUUAAAAAGAAAAUUGCACAUUUUAUCUUUCAAUGGGAUUGCCUCCCCUCUUCUUCCCUUUCCAAAAAGAAAAAAAAAAAUAAAAAUCAAAGCUCUUUUAGACUGAUCAUUUCAGGUUGGGGGGAGCUUUGCCAUAUUAUAAAUAUAUAUAAAUAUAUGUAUAAAUAUACUUUUUUAAGCAUGAGAGAGGACAAAAGAAAUACUACAUUAUAGAGUACCCAAUAUAGAUCAUUAUACAAUGGAAUAUGCACAAUUCAAUAAAGAUGUAGUUAAAUUUAA